GAGACUGUUGGUCUAUUUUAGAGGUUUUUACACCAUACUUUUUAUCAUCAAAAUUUAUUGUAGGCUUUCUUUUAUUCGAAAGAACACUUUGGGCCUUUGAUCCAUUGGUUCCUUCAGGCCCUUGAGGUGUAGAAAUUGCAGGUUUAACCUUAGUUUCAUCGUAUUCCUUACUCAUCUUUCAUUUCAUUAUGUAAUAUUACUAAUAUUGCAUAAUAAUAGCUAAAUUACAAUUAAUUGCAAGGUAAAAAUAUUAAAACAAUUGUAAAUUUUGUCAGUAAAAAUAUAAUAGAACUUUGAAAUUAGAGGUUCAUCUAUAUGGGAUACAAAAUUGCUGUUAUUGGAGCAACCGGAAGAGUAGGGCGUGAGGUAUUAAGCACGCUUGCUGAAUUUCAAGAUGAGGCGAUAGAUUGCGUUAUUGCACUUGCAUCGAAAAAAUCAGAAGGGAAGAAGGUGAGCUUUGGUGACAAAGAGUUAACAGUUUUAUGCCUUGAGGAUUAUGACUUCGUUGGAACUAAUGUAGCCAUUUUCUGUGCUGGAUCUCAUGUUUCUGAAGAAAUGAAAGAGGGUGUGCCACUCAUUAUUCCAGAGAUUAAUAAAGAAAAAAUUAUGGAAUAUAAAAACCACAACAUAAUAUCCAAUCCAAACUGUACUACAAUACAGAUGCUGCUAGUACUACAUCUAUUACACCAAAAAGCAAAAAUAAAGAGAAUCGUUGCUUCAACUUAUCAAUCAACUUCUGGUGCAGGCAAAGCAGCAAUGGAUGAGCUCUAUGACCAGACAAAAAAAAUCUUUAUGAACGAAGCUAAAAAACCCAAGAUAUUCUCUAAGCAAAUAGCAUUCAAUUGCAUUCCCCAUGUAGGAGAAUUCAUGGAAAAUGGUUCUACAGAAGAGGAAUGGAAAAUGCAAGAGGAGACAAAAAAAAUUUUAGAGGAAGAUAUAAAAGUUACUGCAACUUGUGUAAGGGUACCCGUCUUUAUCGGUCACGCUAUGGCAGUAAAUGUGGAAUUUGAUCAACAUAUCACUGAAGAACAAGCUCGUGAAGUGCUAAGUGAAGCCGAAGAUAGUGGAGUUUUAGUGUACAACAGGCGUGAAGAUAGUGAAUACAUAACUCAAAUUGAUGUUGUACAGGAGAAUGCUGUAUAUGUAUCGCGUAUUAGAAGAGACAAUACUGUUGAGCACGGAUUAAAUAUGUGGAUAGUGGCUGACAACCUGCGCAAAGGCGCAGCAUUAAAUAUAGUGCAGAUUCUUGAGAUUUUGAUAAGAGAGCAUUUGUCAAUCAAGUGCAUAUAGAGCGCACGUACGUUGUAAUUCGAAGGAAAUUUGUAUACCACAUGGCAGCGCGUGACGCUGGAAUGGCUUUGUUGCAUCGCUACUUAUGAAAGGCUAACUAUAAUUAGGAUUAUAAGCAACUUAUUGAAAAUCUUGUUUUUUUGCAAUCAAUCUGAUCAAAUUUAAGAAUAGUAAUUUGUUAUUUAUAUUAAUAAAUUUAAUUCUAUUGAAAA